GAGCAUCCCCCCUGCCCCCUCAGGCUUCCAGGAUGUGCACGCCAUGGUGUUCGUGGGCUUCGGCUUCCUCAUGGCCUUCCUGCAGCGCUACGGCUUCAGCAGCGUGGGCUUCACCUUCCUCCUGGCGGCCUUUGCCCUGCAGUGGUCCACGCUCGUCCAGGGCUUCCUGCACUCCUUCCACGGCAGCCACAUCCACGUUGGCGUGGAGAGCAUGAUCAAUGCUGACUUCUGCGCUGGGGCUGUGCUCAUCUCCUUCGGGGCCGUGCUGGGCAAGACCGGGCCAGCCCAGCUGCUGCUCAUGGCCCUGCUGGAGGUGGCACUGUUUGGCAUCAACGAGUUUGUGCUCCUUAGUCUCCUGGGGGUGAAGGAUGCCGGAGGCUCCAUGACCAUUCACACCUUUGGUGCCUACUUUGGGCUGGUCCUCUCCCGCGUGCUCUACAGGCCCCAGCUGGAGAAGAGCAAGCAUCGCCAGGGCUCCGUCUACCACUCGGACCUCUUUGCCAUGAUUGGGACCAUCUUCCUGUGGAUCUUCUGGCCUAGUUUCAACUCUGCACCCACUACGCUGGGGGACGGGCAGCAUCGGACAGCCCUCAACACGUACUACUCCCUGACCGCAAGCACCCUCAGCACCUUUGCCUUGUCAGCCCUUGUCGGGAAGGAUGGGCGGCUGGACAUGGUCCACAUCCAGAACGCAGCAUUGGCCGGAGGGGUUGUGGUGGGGACAGCAAGUGAAAUGAUGCUGACACCCUUUGGGGCGCUAGCAGCUGGCUUCCUGGCCGGAACCGUCUCCACGCUGGGGUACAAGUUCUUCACGCCCGUCCUUGAGUCAAAAUUCAAAGUUCAAGACACGUGUGGUGUCCAUAACCUUCAUGGGAUGCCUGGGGUCCUGGGAGCCCUACUGGGGGUCCUCGUGACUGGGCUGGCCACUCAUGACGCUUACGGAGAUGGCCUCCAGAGCGUGUUUCCGCUCAUCGCCGAGGGCCAGCGCAGCGCCACGGCCCAGGCCAUGUACCAGCUCUUUGCGUUGUUUGUUACGCUGACAGUUGCCGCUGUGGGUGGGGGUGUUGGAGGGUGCCUACUAAAGCUGCCCUUUCUGGAUGGCCCGCUAGACUCCCAGUGCUACGAGGACCGGAUUUACUGGGAGGUGCCUGGGGAGCAUGAAGAUGAAGCCCAGGGACCUCUGAGGGAGGAGGAACUAGACACUCAGGCCUAACUCGCACCAGCCCUUGAAAGGAUGCUCUCCUUUUGGAAGAUAAUGCCUGGCUACGCUUGGGAAGUUCUCUUGUCGCUCCCAUCCUUCCUUCCCGCUGCAAGAAGGAAGUCACGAGUCAGAAGGAGCCUCCUUUCCACAGGCAGCGCUAGGGGAAGGGCUGCAGAAGGCGCGCGAGAUGGUGGAGGAGCAGGGCUAUAACUGGCCGUAUUGGGGGAAGAAUCUCCCAGCAGCCUCACCACCACCACCAGCAGCCACAACCUGCAAGUGAGGCACCCAAGUGACUGCUGACCCACGGGUCCAGCAUCACACGGUUACAGUGUGAGCCAGGGCCCGGCUCUCCGCGGGCGAUAAACACACGGUCACCAGGGA